AUGACUCGCGUUCUACUCACUGGCGGAUCCGGUUUCAUAGCGGCCCAUGCGCUCGAUGUUUUGCUGAAGCGUGGCCAUUCUGUCGUCACGACCGUCCGCAGCCAGGAGAAAGCCGAUCGGAUCAAGCAAGCCCAUCCUAGCUAUGGCAAAGACAAGCUCGACUUCUCAAUUGUUCCCGACAUUGCACAGGAGGGGGCCUUCGAAGAGGCCGUCAAGUCGGACCCGCCCUUUGAGGCCGUCAUCCACACCGCGAGCCCCUUCCACUUCAACGUUACCGAUGUCCAGAAGCAGCUGCUUGACCCCGCCGUCAUUGGCACGACUGGGAUUCUGAAGUCGAUCAAGAAGAGCGCCCCGACUGUCAAGAAGGUCGUCAUUACCUCGUCCUUUGCCGCUAUCCUGAACCCAUUCAAGGGCACUUGGCCAGAGCACACCUACUCUGAGAGUGACUGGAACCCUCUGACACAUGAAGAGGCCCUGAAGGACCCUGCAAACGGUUACAGAGCAAGCAAGACGUUUGCUGAGCGUGCCGCAUGGGAUUUCCUUGAGAAGGAGAAGCCGAAUUUCACCAUUGCCACCAUUAACCCUCCAUUCGUCUUCGGUCCCAUCGUCCACUACCUGAACUCGCUGGACGCCUUGAACACGUCCAAUCAGCGCAUCGGCAACUUCAUCCUCGGCAAGUUCAAGAACGAGGUUCCUCCAACCGGCACCUACAUCUGGAUCGACGUGCGCGACGUGGCCUUGGGUCACGUCAAGGCAAUGGAGCUUCCUGACGCCGACAACAAGAGGUUCUUCUUCACGGCCGGUUACUUCAGCAACAAGGAGCUGCUGGACGUUGUUAGCAAGAACUUCCCCGAGUACAAGGACAAGCUGCCGGGCCCGGAGGCGGCCACCGGUGCCGGCGUUGACUACCCCGCCGAGGGCGUAUACAAGAUUGACAACUCAAGGACGAAGGACGUCUUGGGUAUUGAGUUCACGUCAUUCGAGAAGACCGUCGUAGACACCAUCAACUCGCUCAAGGCCGUGGGUGCAUAG